GAUCGCCGCCGCGUUCCUGGUUUUGCUGCGACCUUACAGCAUCCAAUGUGCCCUCUUCUUGCUCAUGCUCCUGCUGGGGACCAUUGCUACGAUUUUAUUCUUCUGCUGCUGGCACCGCAAGCUCCAGAAAGGGAGGCAUCCUAUCAAAUCGUCCUUUCAGGGCGCUCAAGGAGCCGAGAUGCUGUAAUGAGAACUCAUCACUGUCGCUCCGAGGGUUUUAGACCAAGUCCUCGUCAUGCUAGAAGACGUGUAGCACCUCGCCUUGAAGAAACACAGCCUCUAGCAGAAGUACAUCACUUGAGUGAACAAGAAACUUCCAUAAGGAAAAGAAAAAUCAAGAAAAACAGCAGAGUUCAGCCGGAAUUUUACCAUUCUGUUCAAGUCACACCAACUCGAAAACCUAGCUCUGGAAACGCCUCCUACCGAUGCUCCAUGUCUUCCUCUGCGGAUUUCUCCGAUGAAGAUGAUUUCAGCCAGAAAUCUGGCUCCGUGUCUCCGGCACCGGGGGACACACUGCCUUGGAACCUGCCGAAACAUGAGAGAUCCAAGCGGAAAAUUCAAGGCGGCUCCGUGCUGGACCCAGCCGAGAGAGCAGUGCUUAGGAUAGCCGAUGAACGGGACAAAGUACAAAAGAAAACCUUCACAAAAUGGAUAAAUCAACACCUCAUGAAGGUUCGCAAGCAUGUGAAUGAUCUGUAUGAAGACCUGAGGGAUGGACAUAACUUGAUCUCCCUUUUAGAAGUCCUUUCUGGGGAUACCCUGCCCCGAGAGAAAGGUCGGAUGCGUUUUCACAGACUACAGAAUGUACAAAUUGCACUUGACUAUUUGAAAAAACGCCAGGUGAAACUGGUAAAUAUUAGAAAUGAUGACAUAACAGAUGGAAAUCCCAAGUUGACUUUGGGGUUAAUAUGGACCAUAAUUUUGCACUUUCAGAUAUCUGACAUCCAUGUUACUGGACAGUCAGAGGAUAUGUCUGCUAAAGAGAGGCUACUCCUGUGGACACAGCAGACAACUGAGGGUUAUGCUGGAAUCCGUUGUGAAAAUUUCACUACCUGCUGGCGAGAUGGAAAAUUAUUUAACGCCAUCAUUCAUAAAUACAGGCCGGACCUGAUAGACAUGAAUACCGUUGCUGUUCAAAGCAACCUUGCAAAUUUAGAACAUGCUUUUUAUGUAGCAGAAAAUCUAGGUGUCACCAGACUUCUGGAUCCGGAAGAUGUUGAUGUCUCCGCUCCUGAUGAGAAGUCAGUAAUAACUUAUGUGUCAUCACUUUAUGAUGCAUUUCCCAAAGUAGUGGAAGGCGGCGAAGGCAUCAGUGCAAAUGAUGUUGAAGUCAAGUGGGUUGAAUACCAGAAUAUGGUGAACUACCUCAUCCAGUGGAUCAGGCACCAUAUCACAAUAAUGUCUGACAGAACAUUUCCAAACAAUCCUGUAGAACUGAAGGCACUUUAUAACCAAUACUUACAGUUUAAGGAAACAGAAAUUCCACCAAAGGAGAUAGAUAAAUCAAAAAUUAAACGUCUUUAUAAACUGCUGGAGGUCUGGAUAGAAUUUGGACGCAUCAAACUCCCUCAAGGCUACCAUCCAAAUGAUAUAGAAAAAGAGUGGGGAAAACUUAUUAUUGCCAUGCUGGAAAGGGAGAAAACGCUUCGACCUGAAGUAGAGCGGUUGGAAAUGUUGCAGCAAAUUGCAAACAGAGUUCAGCGGGACAUCCUGGGCUGUGAAGACAAACUGAUACUUGCUCGGAAUGCUCUGCAGUCUGAUGCCAAGCGAUUAGAAUCAGGGCUACAGUUCCAGAAUGAAGCAGAGAUAGCUGGAUAUAUACUUGAAUGUGAGAAUCUUCUGCGCCAACAAGUAAUUGAUGCCCAAAUUCUUAUUGAUGGAAAAUCUUAUCAGGCAGAUCAACUGGUACAGAGGGUUGCUAAACUUCGAGAUGAUCUUAUGGCCUUAAGGACCGAAUGUUCUUCAAUAUUCAGCAAGGGGCGCACACUGACAACAGAACAGACGAAGCUGAUGAUUUCGGGAAUAACACAAAGCUUAAACUCAGGAUUUGCACCAAACUUAAACCCUGAUUUAAACUCUGGAAUGACCCAGAGUUUAACACCUUUGACUUCUUCCAGUCUGACAUCAGGCCUCUCAUCAGGUCUUACUUCAAGACUGACUCCAGCAAUCACACCAGCUUAUACACCAGGCUUUCCACCACGGAUAAUUCAAACUUAUGUAAGAGGAGUUGACACCAAUGCACUGCAAACACUCAAGCUGAUGCAAAUCCGAAAGCCCCUCAUGAAAUCAGCUUUUGUUGAUCAAAAUUUAACAGAAGAAGAAGUCAACAUGAAAUUUGUCCAGGACCUCUUGAACUGGGUAGAUGAAAUGCAGGUGCAACUUGAUCGAACAGAAUGGGGUUCAGAUCUGCCAAGCGUUGAAAGCCAUUUAGAACAUCAUAAAAAUGUCCAUAGAGCUAUAGAAGAUUUUGAAUCAAGCCUUAAAGAAGCUAAAAUCAGUGAGAUCCAAAUGACUGCCCCUCUUAAACUCAAUUAUGCAGAAAAAUUGCACAAACUGGAGAGUCAGUAUGCAAAACUCUUGAAUACAUCAAGAAAUCAAGAAAGGCACCUUGAUACCCUGCACAAUUUUGUGUCCCGUGCCACUGGAGAGCUUAUAUGGCUGAAUGAAAAAGAAGAGGAGGAAGUUGCGUAUGACUGGAGUGAAAGAAACUCCAAUAUAUCAAGAAAAAAGGAGUACCAUGCAGAUUUAAUGAGAGAACUUGAUCAAAAGGAAGAAGUUAUUAAAUCAGUUCAGGAAAUAGCAGAGCAGCUACUCCUGGAAAAUCACCCUGCAAGGCUAACUAUUGAGGCCUAUAGAGCUGCAAUGCAGACCCAGUGGAGCUGGAUUUUACAACUCUGUCACUGUGUUGAACAACACUUGAGAGAAAAUGCUGCUUAUUUUGAGUUUUUCAAUGAUGCCAAAGAAGCCAUGGACUAUUUAAAGAAUUUAAAAGAUGCCAUACAGCGAAAGUACAGUUGUGAGAGGUCCAGCAGCCUUCAUAAACUGGAAGAUCUUGUUCAGGAGUCCAUGGAAGAAAAAGAACAACUCUUGCAGUACAAGAGCACAGUAGCUGGCCUUGUGGGGAAGGCAAAGGCAAUAAUUCAGCUGAAGCCAAGGAAUCCUGAUAGUCCACUCAAAACAUCCAUCCCAAUUAAAGCCAUCUGUGACUACAGACAAAUUGAGAUAACCAUUUACAAAGAUGAUGAAUGCGUAUUAGCGAGCAACUCCCAUCGUGCCAAAUGGAAAGUCAUUAGUCCAAGUGGUAAUGAGGCCAUGGUUCCAUCUGUGUGCUUUACAGUUCCUCCACCAAACAAAGAAGCAAUAGACACGGCAAACAGAAUUGAACAACAUUUUCAGAAUGUACUGGCCCUUUGGCAUGAAUCACAUAUAAACAUGAAGAGCGUGGUUUCCUGGCACUACUUGAUAAAUGAAAUUGAAACUGUUCGAGCUGGUAAUGUUGCUUCGAUAAAGACAAUGUUGCCAGGGGAACAUGAGCAGGUUUUAAGCAAUUUACAGUCCCGCUUUGAUGAGUUUCUGGAAGACAGCCAGGACUCCAAAAUCUUUUCAGGCUCAGAUAUAGCACAUCUGGAAAGGGAGGUUAAUGUCUGCAAGCAGUACUAUCAGGAACUUCUUAAAUCUGCAGAAAGAGAGGAGCAGGAGGAAUCCAUUUACAAUCUGUAUAUCUCAGAAGUCAGAAACAUCAGACUUCGCUUGGAGAACUGUGAGGACCGUUUGAUCCGACAGAUUCGGACUCCACUGGAGAGGGAUGACCUACAUGAAAGUGUGUUUAGGAUCUCGGAACAAGAGAAGCUAAAGAAAGAUCUGGAUCGACUCAAGGAUGAUUUGGGAAUGAUUACAGAUAAAUGCGAAGAGUUUUUCAGUCAAGCUGCUGGUUCACCUUCCGUCCCCACCCUCCGUUCUGAGCUCAAUGUCAUCAUUCAGAAUAUGAAUCAAGUUUACUCCAUGUCUUCCAUUUACAUAGAAAAGUUAAAAACUGUAAAUUUGGUGCUGAAAAACACUCAAGGAGCAGAAGCGCUAGUAAAACUUUAUGAGACUAAACUGUGUGAAGAAGAAGCAGUCACUGCUGACAAGAAUAAUAUUGAGAACCUUAUGGGUACAUUAAAGCAAUGGAGGUCUGAAGUGGAUGAGAAAAGAGAGGUAUUCCAUGCCUUAGAAGAUGAACUGCAGAAAGCCAAGGCGAUCAGUGAUCAAAUGUUUAAAACGCAUAAGGAACGAGAUCUUGACUUUGACUGGCAUAAAGAGAAAGCUGAUCAGCUGUCUGAGAGAUGGCAAAAUGUUCAUUCUCAGAUUGAAAACCGGUUGCGUGACUUAGAGGGUAUCAGUAAAUCUCUGAAAUACUACAAAGAUACUUACCAUACACUGGAUACCUGGAUUCAGAAAGUGGAAGAUACUCAGCGAAAGAUUCAAGAAAACCAACCAGAAAACAGCAAAGCUUUGGCUAAACAGCUGAACCAGCAAAAGAUGCUGGUUUCUGAAAUUGAAAUGAAACAAAAUAAAAUAGAUGAAUGCCAGAAAUAUUCAGAGCAAUACUCAGCUUCAGUAAAGGAUUAUGAACUGCAGACAAUGACAUACAGGGCUAUGGUUGACUCACAACAAAAAUCCCCAGUGAAACGCCGGAGAAUGCAGAGCUCAUCUGACUUCAUUAUACAAGAGUUCAUGGAUUUACGAACACGCUAUACUGCCUUGGUGACCCUGAUGACCCAGUAUAUUAAAUUUGCUGGUGACUCUUUGAAAAGACUAGAAGAAGAGGAGAAGUCAAUGGAAGAGGAAAAGAAAGAGCAUGUUGAGAAAGCUGGGGAUUUACUGAAAUGGGUGUCAAACAUCAGCAAGACCCUCAGCAAGGGAGAAAGAGAAAAGGCUGAAAAGGCAGACUUGCCUAAGCAGCAGAUUUCCGCUGAUGAAAUAGCAACCAAGAAAGAACAAAUAUCUGAGGCUUUGCAGACUACACAGUCAUUUUUGGCUAAACACAGUGACAAAAUGAUGGAUGGAGAGAGAAAUGAAAUGGAAAAACAAGUGAAGUCCCUACAAGAAGGUUAUAAUCUGUUAUCUAAUGAAGCUUUGAAACAACUGCAGGGAGCACAAAAUUUAGGUGAUGAAAAGAUGGAGGAAAAGGAUGUGGCUGAGCAGCAGCAGGAAUGCAAGGAGAAACUACAGGAAAUAUGUGAUCUCUUUACACAAACAGAAAAUCGACUCAUUGGUCACCAAGAAGCUCUUGUUAUCGGAGACAGCAAGGCUGAGUUAAAGCAAUACCAAACCAAACAAGAGGAGUUACAGAAAGAUAUGCUGGCAAGUGCACAGGCACUGGCAGAGAUUGUGAAAAACACUGAGAUGUUCUUGAAAGAGAAUGGAGGAAAGCUGUCACAAGAAGACAAGACUAUUCUUGAACAGAAACUUAAUGAAGCUAAGACAAAAUGUUUGCUGCUUAGCCAGAAGGCAGAAGAGUCCAAAAAAGUGCUGGAUAAAGCUGUGACAACAGCUAUUAAGCAGGAAACAGAAAAGGUUGCUGCCAUAGAACAACUGGAAGAGAGUAAAAAUAUGAUUGAAAAUCUCUUGGAUUGGCUGUCAAAUGUGGAUAAGGCAGCAGAGCAUGGGGAUGAGAAAUGGACGCUGGCAAUAGAACAGAAUGGAACCCAUUUUAAAGAAGGGGAUGUAAAGGCUUUGGAGGGAGAAGAGGAUGAAGUCAAUGGUAACCUGUUGGAACUUCAGCAACAGACUGAAACCCAUGUAGAUGGCAGAGUAAAACCCACAGACAGUAACCUGAACCAGCAGUAUCAGAAAGUCAAGGCUCAACAUGAGAAAAUUAUUUCUCAGCAACAGGCUGUUAUAAUAGCAACUCAGUCUGCCCAAGCGCUACUUGAGAAACAAGGCCACUACCUUUCCCCUGAAGAAAAAGAGAAGAUGCAAAGGAACAUGAAGGAACUGAAAGUCCAGUAUGAAACUGCUUUAGCUGAAUCGGAAUGGAAAAUGAAGUUAACACACUCUCUGCAGGAAGAACUUGAGAAAUUUGAUACAGACUACAGUGAGUUUGAAAGCUGGCUGCAGCAGUCAGAACAAGAACUUGAAAACCUGGAGGCCGGUGCUGCUGACUUCACUGGUAUCAUGACCAAGCUCAAAAGGCAAAAGAGUUUUUCAGAAGAUGUUAUUUCUCACAAAGGUGACUUACGGUACAUUACAAUUUCUGGACAGAGGGUGUUAGAUGCUGCUAAAUCUUGGAGUAAAAAAGAUGGUGUCAAGGUUGACAAAGAUGGUAUUGAUACUUCAGCUACUUACAUAGAGGUGCAAAGUAAACUGGAUGGUGCUUCAGAUCGUUUCAAAUCUCUUUAUACUAAGUGUGGUAUCCUUGGAAAUAACCUUAAAGACCUGGUAGAUAAAUACCAGCAUUAUGAAGAAGCCUCAUCUGGGCUUUUGUCAGGUCUCCAGACCUCUGAAGUCGCUGUGAACAAACAGCUGUCUGAGCCAAUUGCAGUGGAUCCUAAGAACCUCCAACGGCAACUAGAAGAAACCAAGGUUCUCCAGGGGCAGGUGUCUAAUCACCAGGUUGCUGUAGAGAAACUGAAAAAAGCUGCUGAAGUGCUUUUGGAUACCAGGGGAACUUUACUACCAGACAAAGAUGAAAUCCAGAAAACACUGGAUGACAUUGUUGGCAGAUAUGACAGUUUAUCCAAGUCUGUGAAUGAACGGAAUGAGAAGCUCCAGAUAACGUUGACUCGUUCCCUAAGCGUGCAAGAUGGUUUGGAUGAAAUGCUUGACUGGAUGGGAGGUGUUGAAAAGAGCCUUGAAGAACAAGGUCAAAUGCCUUUGAAUUCUGCUGCUAUUCAGGAUAUCAUUAGUAAAAAUAUUAUGCUGGAGCAAGGUAUCGCAGGUCGCCAAAGCAGUAUAAAUGCUAUGAAUGAAAAAGUGAACAAAUUCAUAGAAACAACAGAUCCAUCCACUGCCUCCUGUCUGCAAGCUAGAAUGAAUGAGCUCUCUGUACGGUUUGCUGAAGCAAGUACCAGACACAAAGGGAAACUUGCAAAGAUGGAGGAAUUGAAGAACAAAGUGGAGUUGUUUGAAAGCCUGUCAGAAAAACUUCAGUCAUUUUUAGACAAGAAAACUCAGGCUCUCAACGAGACUGAUGCUCCAGGAAAGGAUGUUACUGAAGUGUCUCAAUAUAUGCAGGAAACUAGUAUGGCGUUGAUAGAUCAUAAAAAAGAUCUUGAAGUUUUGCAUCAGCUUCUUGAAGAGCUUUCUGUCCAUGGUCUCCCUGGGGACAAAGCAUUGGCUUUAGAAAAGUUAAAUGCCUUGACAAAGAAGUUCAAGGAAGUGGAAGAGACUGUGAAGGAAAAAGAAGAGGAUGUAUCAUCUUGUCAGGAACAAAUGGAUACUUUCAAGCGCCUUGUAGAAUCUUUAAAGAAAUGGAUGAACGAGACAACAGAUAGGAUUCCAGCUGUGCAACCCUCUUUAAAUACAGAGGAUUUAAAGAAACCAUUGGAAGAUAUUAGGAAAUUAGAAGAGGAAUGGACUUUAAAAGCACCUGAAAUUGAGAAAAUGAAGAGCAGAGGAACAUCAUUAUGUAACCUAAUCAGUGCUGUGACUUCCCCUGCCAAAUGCAGGGCAGCGUCAAAAGCAGGUGGAAUAGUAGUAAAUGGUGAAGGAGCAACUUCAGGUACUCAAGGUUUCCUGACAAAUAAAGAACUGACAGCUGUUCAACAGGCUAUGUCAGAUGUAAAUCACAGUUACGAGGAUUUGGGAGCUUUACUGAAGGAAAAGGUUUCAGAACUGGAAAGCAUGCUUUCAAAGAUGCAAAAUGUUCAAGAAGAAUCAAACUCAGUGAUGCAGUGGCUGCAAAAAAUGGAUAAGGCUGCCACAAGCUGGGAAGCGGCUCCUACUGAUAGUGAAGCUGUUAGAACACAAGUAGAACAACAUAAGCUAUUUGAAACAGAAUUGAAGCAAAGUGAAAAUAAAGUACAGGAGCUGAAGGACAAAGUGACAGAGCUGUUGGAGAAGAAUCCACAUUCUCCAGAGGCACCCAAAUGGAAACAGAUGUUGGAUAAAAUAGAUUCCAAAUGGAAAGAACUCAAUCAGGUUACAGCUGACAGACGACAAAAUCUCGAAGAGUCCUCAAAUUACCUGACCCAGUUCCAGACAACAGAAGCUCAGUUAAAGCAGUGGCUUAUAGAGAAAGAGCUCAUGGUCAGUGUGCUUGGACCACUGUCAAUUGACCCAAAUAUGCUGAAUACACAGAAGCAGCAGGUCCAGAUUUUGCUUAAGGAGUUUGAUACCAGAAAGCCUCAGUAUGAACAGUUAACCACAGCUGGUCAGGGGAUACUGAAGAGACCAGGUGAACAUCCUCCCUCUCAUGAAAUUGUGAAAAAGCAACUGGCAGCUGUGGCACAAAAAUGGGACGGUCUAACAGGACAACUGAGUGACAGAUGUGGUCAAAUUGACCAAGCCAUUGUCAAAAGCAAAGAGUAUCAAAGCCUUCUGAGAAGCCUGUCUGAUAAGCUAAGUGCCUUGGAUAAUAAACUGAGCAGCACUCUGGCUGUGCGCACACACCCCGAUGCUAUGAAACAGCAGUUGGAAAUGGCUCGAGAAAUGAAGCAGGAAAUAGAACAGGAAAUGAAAAAUAUAAAAGUGGCUCAGGCCCUUUGUGAGGAGCUGUCAGCGCUGGUUGGAGAAGAGUACUUGAAAGCUGAACUUAUUAGGCAAUUGGAAGGCAUUGUAAAACCAUUUACGGAUAUUGAGCAGAAAGCAGCUAAUCACGUUCAGCAACUUCAAUCAGCAUAUGCUACUUCUCAUCAGUUCCAACAAAUGUCUAAGGACUUUCAGACCUGGCUGGACAAAAAGAAAGAAGAACUGAACCAGGCUCACCCUAUAUCGGCCAACCUUGAGUCCUUGCAGUCGUUAAUUGGAGAGCAGAAAGAUUUUAAGCAGACCUUGUCUGACCAGAUUAGUUCCUAUGAAAAAAUUGUUGCAGAAGGUGAAAGCCUCCUACAGAAGACUCAAGGAGCUGAUAGGGCAGAGUUGCAGUCUCAGCUUGGCAUGCUCAAAAGUAACUGGGAUGAAAUGAAUAAGCAAAUAAGAGAAAGGCAAGGUAAGUUAAGUACUUGUCUGGAGAAAGCCCUCAAGUACAAAGAACAUGUAGAAAACCUGCAGCCCUGGAUAGAGAAGUGCCAAAAUAACCUGUCUGAAGUAAAGAUUGUCAUAGAUCCUGUCGAAAUAGAGAAUUCUAUUGCUCAGGUGAAGGCCUGGCAAAAGGACUUGGACAAACACCAUAGCAUGGUGGAAUUAUUAAAUAAUGCAGCCGACAGUUUGCUCAAUGCCAGUCAAACAGAUAAAGAAAGCAUUACAGAAGAGAAAGUGGCAUUGAACCAGAAAGUGGAAAUGGUUACAGAACAAUUACAUAGUAAGAGGGAGACCUUGGAAAACAUGGCACAAAAGCUAAAAGAGUUUCAGGAAUCAUCCAGAGAAACCCAAAGGCAACUUAAAAGUGCCAAAGAGCAGCUAGAAGUUCAUGAUGCUCUUGGACCCCAGGCUUGCAGUAACAAACGCUUGACAAUGUUGCAGAGCCAGCAGAAAACACUUCAGACUUUAAAGCCUCAUGUGGACCUGGCCAAAAAACUUGCCCAAGAACUGGUGGUAGAAGCUUCCAAUUCAGAAGGUGUUGCUGACCUCUUGUUGCAAGCUGAGUCUUUAGAGCAAGAAUACAGUACAGUCAGCCAGCAGGUUGCAGGCAAGUGUUCGUUCUUAGAGACCAAACUUCAGGGAAUUGGCCAUUUCCAAAACAACAUCAGAGAGAUGUUUUCUCAGUUUGCAGAGUUUGAUGAUGAGCUCGAUAGCAUGGCUCCAGCAGGAAGAGAUCUAGACACUCUGUGGUCACAAAGAGAGGAUAUCAACAAUUUCCUCAAAAAACUGGAAGAUCUUAUAACAAGUAAUGAAAAUGCCAAUAAAACCUGUAAAAUGAUGUUAGCCACUGAAGCGUCUCCUGAUCUAGUUGGUAUAAAAAGGGACUUAGAGGCUUUAAGUAAACAAUGCAAUAAGUUACUGGACAGAGCAAAAGCCAGAGAGGAACAAGUGGAAGGAAUUAUUAGUCGUAUUGAAGAGUUUUAUAGUAAUUUAAAAGAAUUUUCCAGUCUGCUUGGGGGAGCUGAAGAACAUGAAGAAUCUCAAGGUCCUGUUGGAAUGGAAACAGACAUUAUUAAUCAACAGCUGAAUAUAUUCAAGGUAUUCCAGAAAGAAGAGAUUGAACCACUGCAAGUUAAACAACAGGAGGUAAAUUGGCUAGGACAAGGCCUUAUUCAAAGUGCUGCUAAAAAUGCUAGCACCGAGAACCUUGAGCAUGACCUUGAAGAUGUUAACACCCGAUGGAAGACUCUCAAUAAGAAGGUUGCUCAACGAGCUGCUCAGCUGCAAGAAGCUCUUCUCCGCUGUGGAAGGUUCCAGGAUGCCCUUGAAUCUCUGCUUAGCUGGCUCAUUGAUACAGAAGAUCUAGUGGCCAAUCAGAAACCCCCAUCUGCUGAGUUCAAAGUUGUGAAGGCCCAGAUACAGGAACAGAAACUUCUCCAAAGGUUACUGGAUGACCGCAGACCUACCGUUGAGGUAAGCAAGCGCGAAGGGGAGAAAAUUGCAGAGUCAGCAGAACCUGCUGAUAAAGUGAAGAUCUUGAAGCAGUUGAGUCUCCUGGAUAGUAGAUGGGAUGCAUUGCUCAGUAAAGCUGAAACAAGGAAUCGUCAGUUGGAAGGUAUCUUAGUGGUAGCACAGCAAUUCCAUGAAACUUUAGAACCCCUGGUUGAGUGGCUGACCACCACUGAGAAAAGGCUUGCAAAUUCUGAACCCAUUGGAACACAAACUUCUAAACUGCAGCAGCAGAUUUCUCAGCAUAAAGCGUUAGAAGAUGACAUCCUUACUCGCAAUAAAAGUUUACAUAUGGCCAUUAGCAUUGGUCAGUCUCUUAAGACUAUGAGCUCCAGAGAGGAUAAAGAUAUGGUGCAGGAAAAGCUAGAUUCUUCCCAAGCCCGAUAUAUUGAGAUUCAAGAGAAGAGUAACAGCUGGUCUGAGCUGCUCCAGCAAGCCUAUUGCAAUGCUCAGAUUUUCGGGGAAGAUGAAGUUGAAUUGAUGAACUGGCUGAAUGAAGUACAUGACAAACUGAGCAAAUUGUCAGUCCAAGAUUACAGGACAGAUUCACUCAUGAAACAACAUGCUGACCUGCUGGUGCUUCAGGAAGAGAUUCUGCUCAGAAAACAAAAUGUCGAUCAAGCUAUACAAAAUGGCUUAGAGCUUCUCAAGCAAACAACAGGUGAUGAAGUUGUAAUAAUUCAAGAUAAAUUGGAAGGCAUUAAAGCAAGGUACAAAGAUAUUACUAAAUUGAGUUCUGAUGUAUCCAAGACUUUAGAGCAAGCUCUGCAGCUUGCAGGUCAACUGCAGUCCACUCAUGAGGAACUCUGCAUAUGGCUUGACAAAGUGGAGGUGGAAUUGCUUUCAUAUGAUGCUCAGAUCCCCAAGGGAGAAGAAUUAAGCGACGUACAAGAAAGACAAAAAGAGUUGAAAAAAGAAGCAAAGAACAACAAAGGCUUAUUGGACACCCUCAAUGAAGUCAGCAGUGCCUUGCUGGAAUUGGUGCCAUGGAGGGCAAGAGAGGGGUUAGACAAAAUGGUGACUGAGGACAAUGAGCGGUACAGAUUAGUGAGCGACACGCUAACUCAGAAGGUGGAGGAGAUUGAUGCUGCCAUUCUAAGAUCACAGAAGUUUGAUCAAGCAGCUGAUGCAGAAUUAGCCUGGAUUGCAGAAACAGAAAAAAAAUUGAUGUCUCUGGGUGAUAUUAGGCUUGAGCAAGACCAGACCGCUGCUCAGCUACAAGUUCAAAAGGCAUUUACCAUGGAGAUUUUGAGGCACAAGGAUGCUAUAGAUGAACUUGUUGAAACUGGGGAUGAGAUUAUGAACACAUGCACUGAAGAGGAGAAACAGUCCAUGAAGAGAAAACUGGAAAGCCUCUUACAGAAAUAUGAUAUGGUCUGUCAAAUGAAUGCUGAGAGGAACCUCCAGCUGGAACGUGCUCAAUCCCUGGUUAACCAGUUCUGGGAGACUUAUGAAGAGCUUUGGCCGUGGUUAACCGAAAUAGAAAUGGUCAUCUCGCAGCUUCCUGCUCCAGCUCUUGAAUAUGAAACUUUAAAGCAACAGCAAGAAGAGCAUCGGCAACUGCGUGAGCUGAUUGCUGAACACAAGCCUCAUAUAGAUAAGAUGAACAAAACUGGCCCUCAGUUGUUGGAGUUGAGCCCAGGAGAAGGUUUUUGUAUCCAAGAGAAAUACGUGGCGGCUGACACCCUUUACAGUCAAAUUAAAGAAGAUGUCAAAAAGCGAGCACUGGCACUGGAUGAAGCCAUUUCUCAGUCUACUCAGUUUCAUGACAAGAUAGAUCCAACCCUCGAGAGUCUGGAACGCAUAGUUGAACGUCUGAGGCAGCCACCUUCAAUCUCAGCUGAGGUUGAGAAGAUUAAAGAGCAGAUCAGUGAAAAUAAGAAUGUGUCAGUAGAUCUGGAAAAACUUCAGCCCGUGUACGAGACACUCAAACAGCGUGGGGAGGAAAUGAUAGCUCGCUCAGAGGGAGCUGAUAAGGAUAUAUCUGCUAAAGCUGUUCAGGAUAAAAUUAAACAAAUGGUCUUCAUCUGGGAAGACAUCCAAGCCUUGACUGAGGAAAGGGAGGCCAAAUUGCUGGAUGUGAUGGAGCUGGCUGAAAAGUUCUGGUGUGAUCACAUGGCUCUUGUGGUCACUAUUAAAGAUACUCAGGAUUUCAUCCGAGAACUGGAGGGACCUGGAGUUGACCCCUCUGUAGUCAAACAACAGCAAGAGGCUGCAGAGGCUAUCCGAGAAGAAGUUGAUGGACUGCAGGAAGAACUCGAUAUGGUGGUAAACUUAGGUUCUGAACUUAUAGCUGCUUGUGGAGAACCUGACAAGCCUAUUGUCAAUAAGAGCAUAGAUGAGCUGAAUUCAGCUUGGGAUACUCUAAACAAAGCAUGGAAAGAGCGGAUAGACAAACUUGAUGAAGCCAUGCAAGCUGCUGUUCAGUACCAAGAUGGACUGCAGGCAAUAUUUGACUGGGUAGAUAUUGCUGGCAGUAAAUUAGCUUCAAUGUCACCAGUUGGAACAGAUCUAGAAACAGUGAAGCAGCAAACUGCGGAACUGAAGCAAUUUAAGACGGAGGCUUAUCAGCAGCAAAUAGAAAUGGAAAGGCUAAAUCAUCAAGCAGAACUAUUGUUGAAGAAGGUUACAGAAGAAAGUGAAAAGCACGCAGUUCAAGAACCCCUCUCAGAGCUCAAACUGAUGUGGGUCAAUCUAGAGGAGAAAAUUAUUAACAGACAGCACAAGCUGGAGGGUGCCUUGUUAGCUUUGGGGCAGUUCCAACAUGCCCUGGAUGAAUUACUGACAUGGCUGACGCACACAGAAGACCUGCUGAAUGAACAGAAACCUGUGGGUGGGGACCCCAAGGCUAUUGAAAUUGAACUUGCCAAACAUCAUGUGCUACAAAAUGAUGUGUUAGCUCAUCAGUCCACUGUGGAAACAGUUAAGAAAGCAGGAAAUGAACUGAUUGAAUCAAGUGCUGUCGAAGAAGCAAGCAAUCUACAGAGCAAGUUGGAACUUUUGAAUCAGCGCUGGCAAAAUGUGUUGAAAAAAACAGAACAAAGGAAACAGCAGCUGGACAGUGCCUUGAUCCAGGCCCAAGGUUUCCAUGGUGAAGUUGAAGAUAUGCAGCAAUGGCUGACAGACACCGAACGUCAGCUGUUGGCAUCAAAACCUGUUGGAGGUUUACCAGAAACUGCAAGAGAGCAGCUUAAUACCCACAUGGAACUCUGUGCUGCCUUUGAAGCCAAAGAAGAGACGUACAAGCGCCUGAUGCAGAAAGGCCAGCAGAUGCUUGCAAGAUGCCCAGGGUCUGCUGAGACAAAUGUUGAGCAAGAUAUAAAUAACUUAAAAGUAAAAUGGGACUCAGUACAAACAAAACUCAGCGAAAGAAAGGCCAAACUGGAAGAGGCCCUGAAUUUGGCUAUGGAGUUCCACAACUCACUUCAAGACUUCAUCAACUGGCUUACCCAGGCAGAGCAGACUUUGAAUGUGGCUUCUCGGCCAAGUCUUAUCUUGGACACUGUCUUGUUUCAAAUUGAUGAACACAAGGUCUUUGCUACGGAAGUGAAUUCUCACCGAGACCAGAUCAUAGAGCUGGAUAAAACUGGAACCCAUCUGAAAUAUUUCAGCCAGAAACAGGAUGUUGUCCUUAUUAAGAAUCUGCUGAUUAGUGUACAGAGUAGAUGGGAAAAAGUGGUUCAACGCUUAGUGGAAAGAGGAAGAGCUUUGGAUGAUGCAAGGAAACGAACGAAACAGUUCCAUGAAGCCUGGAACAAACUUAUGGCAUGGUUGGAAGAGUCAGAAAAGUCAUUGGAUUCAGAGCUCGAAAUUGCAAAUGAUCCAGACAAAAUAAAGAUGCAGCUUACACAGCAUAAGGAGUUCCAGAAAUCUCUUGGAGCCAAGCAUUCUGUGUAUGACACCACAAACAGGACUGGACGCUCCCUCAAAGAGAAAACCUCUCUGGCGGAUGACAAUUUGAAACUGGACGAUAUGCUGAGUGAGCUCAGAGACAAAUGGGAUACGAUCUGUGGAAAAUCUGUGGAAAGACAAAACAAACUGGAGGAAGCCCUGUUAUUUUCAGGACAAUUUACUGAUGCUCUGCAGGCUCUCAUCGACUGGCUAUAUAAAAUUGAACCUCAGUUGGCAGAAGAUCAGCCAGUGCAUGGAGACAUCGAUUUGGUGAUGAACCUGAUUGAUAAUCACAAAGUCUUCCAGAAGGAGCUGGGGAAGAGGACAAGCAGUGUCCAGGCUCUGAAACGCUCUGCUCGAGAACUCAUAGAAGGCAGUCGUGAUGACUCCUCCUGGGUAAAGGUCCAAAUGCAGGAGCUAAGCACUCGCUGGGAGACGGUUUGCGCCCUGUCCGUAUCCAAGCAAACGCGACUGGAACAGGCCCUACACCAGGGAGAGGAAUUUCACGCUGUUGUGCAUGUUCUUUUGGAGUGGCUGGCUGAGGCAGAGCAGGCCCUUCGUUUCCAUGGAAUCCUCCCAGAUGAUGAAGAGUCUCUGCGGACACUAAUCGAUCAGCACAGGGAAUUCAUGAGGAAGUUGGAGGACAAAAAGGCAGAACUAAAUAAAGCAGCAGGUAUGGGAGAAGCCAUCCUGGCUAUCUGCCACCCAGACUCCAUCACUACCAUUAAGCACUGGAUAACAAUCAUCAGAGCCAGAUUUGAAGAGGUAUUAGCAUGGGCAAAGCAACAUCAGCAGAGACUGGCAGGAGCCCUUGCUGGACUUAUUGCUAAGCAGGAAUUGUUGGAAGCCUUAUUGUCCUGGUUGCAGUGGGCAGAGACUACUCUUAGUGAAAAAGAUAAAGAGGUCAUCCCCCAGGAGAUCGAGGAUGUUAAAGCACUCAUAGCUGAACAUCAGACGUUUAUGGAGGAAAUGACCAGAAAACAGCCUGAUGUGGAUAAAGUCACAAAGAUCUACAAAAGGAAGGCAGUUGAACCCACUCCAAUACAGUCUCAUAUUCCUGUGCUAGAUAAAGGGAGAACAGGAAGAAAACGUUCCCAAACAGCAGGCAUGUAUCCAUCAGGAACACAGACACAAAUUGAAACCAAGAAUCCAAGGAUAAACCUAUUAGUCAGCAAAUGGCAGCAAGUCUGGCUUCUGGCCUUGGAAAGAAGAAGAAAAUUGAAUGAUGCUUUGGAUAGACUAGAAGAGCUGAGGGAAUUUGCCAACUUUGAUUUUGAUAUCUGGAGGAAAAAGUAUAUGAGAUGGAUGAAUCAUAAGAAAUCUCGAGUAAUGGACUUCUUUAGGAGGAUUGAUAAAGAUCAGGAUGGAAAGAUAACGAGGCAGGAAUUUAUUGAUGGAAUUCUUUCUUCAAAAUUCCCUACCAGCCGACUUGAAAUGAGUGCAGUGGCAGAUAUCUUUGACAGAGAUGGUGAUGGGUACAUUGACUACUAUGAAUUUGUAGCAGCACUUCAUCCAAACAAGGAUGCAUACAAGCCUCUUACAGAUGCUGACAAAAUUGAAGAUGAGGUUACAAGACAGGUAGCUAAAUGUAAAUGUGCAAAACGAUUCCAGGUGGAGCAGAUUGGGGAUAACAAGUACAGGUUCUUCCUGGGAAAUCAGUUUGGUGACUCUCAACAGCUGCGUCUUGUUCGCAUCUUGCGAAGUACAGUAAUGGUUCGUGUUGGAGGUGGCUGGAUGGCACUGGAUGAAUUCUUAGUAAAAAAUGAUCCUUGCAGGGCUAAAGGGAGGACAAACAUGGAGCUGCGUGAAAAGUUCAUUUUGGCAGAUGCUGCAAGUCAGAACGUGGCUGCUUUCCGUCCAAGAGGUCGUAGAUCACGACCUUCUUCCAGGGGUGCUUCUCCCAACAGAUCUGCUUCUAUAUCAAGUCAGGCUGGCCAGGGAGCUUCACCACAAGCAGUUGCUACAAGUACACCCAAGACACCCCAUCAUUUAACACGCAAUUAUGGUAAACCAUGGUUGACAAACAGCAAAACGUCAACUCCUUCUAAACCAUCAGAGUCCUCAGAAUAUCAAGGGUCAUCUUCAGAGGGAACACCAAUACAAGGGAGUAAACUUAGACUGCCAGGAUAUCUGUCAGGGAAAGGUUUCCACUCUGGAGAAGACAACAGCCUAAUAUCAACAGCAGCUACCAGAGUUAGAGCGCAGUUUGCAGACACCAGAAGGACUCCAAGUAGACCUGGAAGCCGAGCAGGAAGCAAGGCUGGCAGUAGGUCAAGUAGCCGCCGAGGCAGUGAUGCAUCUGACUUUGACAUUUCAGAAAUCCAGUCUGUGUGUUCAGAUAUGUCAGAGACUGUUCACAAUGCAAGCAGACCACAGCCCCGAGCAGGUUCUCGGCUAGCAUCAGGCAAGCCUUCCAAAAUUCCAACUCCCCAAAGGAGGCCACCAGUCAGCAAAUUGGACAAGUCCUCCAAGAGAUAA